CCGCCUGCAUGGAGCUUCUGGCUGCGGUGCAGUCGCAACUGACGCCUGCCGCUGCCGUCAACCGUCAAGAGUCGCGCCGUCCCCCGAUCGUGCUGUCCCUUCUCAACGACAAGGGGCCGAGCGGGGCAAACGCGAUUAUUGACGAUAUCGCUACGGACUUGGAGGCCGACGCCGUGCACCUCAGCGCCCACACGAUCGCGCGCGUCGUCGGACACCAGGUGGGCCAGAACCCGUACUCGGCCCGUGGCCCUAUCUCGAUGCUCGGCUAUGCCGCUGCCGAGAUGAAUGGCAGGCUCACUUCCCGGCCCGAUCCAGAUCCGGAGCAGGAGGUCGGUGUGGUCGCUGUUUCGCUGCCCUCGCGGCUGCGAUCCUUCUUGGCGCCGAGAGAGAGCACGACUUCGGGCGUGUCUGACAGCCGCUGGGAAGACAUGAAGAUCGGCACCGCCUUGGACGCCAUGGUUGCUGCUGCUCAGCUCAAACGCCGCACUCGCGCUGCGAAACCCGGGGCCGAGUCGCCGCGCCGGCCGCUCAUCAUCCAUGUCCACGACUACGUCGAGCUGAGCUCUCUGCAUCCUACCAUACUCCGGAAGCUCCGGGCCAUCGCCGACCGCAUGUGGAUGGCAGGGAGGAGAGUCGUCCUUGUGGGCACCUCGUCCGGCGAUAUGGACAGGGCCUCGCAGUGGCGUGACCAGCUACUCGACUUGGGCCGAGAUGGCGCCCGUGUUAUUCCCUUCCACCUUGCGGAAACGACGCCCCGGAUGGAUGAAUGGGACAACUUGCAGGAAAAUCUCUCCAAUAUCGAGGAUAUGCUGCGGGCAAUGGUGGGCGAUGAUGUGCCCAUUGACCUGGAAAUGGGGACCCUCAGGUUCAAGCCGGAUGCCGACUUUUUGUCUCGGACGCUCGGCAGCCACCUUUACGACGCUCAAUGGGUAUACCGCCUCGCGUCAUUGAUGGUAGGCAACCGGACGCCGCCGCGCGAGAAGUACGACGCGCACGCGCUGUUGGAGGGCAUCAGGUGUAUGAAUGCCCGCGACAAACAUUGGGAGCACAUUUACCCGGCCGUCCGUCCUCCCUACUUUUCGCCACUUCUCAUCCCACCCAAGAACGGAUCCUCCUCCUCGUCGUCCUCGGGCGAGCCCGCCAGCAGCAACCUCACCGGCGCUGCCGCGUCCAAGGACUACAACAGCGACGAGAAGAGGCUCCUGUCCGGCCUGAUCAACGCCAAGGACAUCCGCACCACCUUCAACGAAAUCAUCGUCCCGCCCGAGACCAAAGAAUCUCUCAUCAACCUGACCACCCUCUCCCUCAUCCGCCCGGAGGCCUUCACCUACGGCGUGCUUAAGACCGAGCGCAUCCCGGGCUGCCUGCUGUACGGGCCCCCGGGGACCGGCAAGACGCUCCUCGCCAAGGCGGUCGCCAAGGAGUCCGGCGCGAGCAUGCUCGAGGUGUCGGCGGCCUCCAUCAACGACAAAUGGCUCGGCCAGAGCGAGAAAAACGUGCAGGCGCUCUUCUCGCUCGCCCGUAAGCUCGCGCCCUGCGUGAUCUUCCUGGACGAGGCCGACGCGCUGCUCGCGGCCCGCCACUCGGCCGGCCCCGGCGGCGGCGGCGGCGGGCGCGCCGCCCACCGCGAGACCAUCACCCAGUUCCUGCGCGAGUGGGACGGCCUGACCUCGGACCUGCGCGCCUUCAUCAUGGUCGCCACCAACCGGCCCUUCGACCUGGACGAGGCCGUCCUGCGCCGCCUGCCCCGCCGCAUCCUCGUCGACCUGCCCCUGGCCCCCGAGCGCGAGGCCAUCCUGCGCGUCGUGCUCCGCGACGAGGUCCUCGCCGACGACGUCUCCCUCGCCCGCCUCGCCGAGGAGACCGACCUGUACUCCGGCUCCGACCUCAAGAACCUGUGCGUCUCGGCCGCCAUGGAGGCCGUCCGCGAGGAGAUGCGCGCCAAGGAGGCGCACGCCGCCGCCGACGAGGGCGGCGAGUUCCGCUUCCCCCCGCGCCGCGUCCUGGCCCGCCGCCACUUCGACAAGGGCCUGCGCGACAUCACCGCCAGCAUCAGCGGCGACAUGGAGAGCCUCAAGGCGAUCCGCCGGUUUGACGAGCAGUACGGCGAUGCCGGGCGGCGGCGGCGGGCCCGGCGGGGUAUCGGCUUUGACGUCGUCCCUGGGAAGGCUGAGGGGACCGAGGAGGCGAGGGUGAGGCAGGUUGGCGCUGCGUGAGCUGCCGUUGGGCAACUUUUUUCUUCUCGAAUGUGUGAGAGAAGGGGUAAAGAGAAAAAGCAUGGCUGGAUUGCGAAAGGCAAGGGAACAACAAAUAGGACGGGCGCCGGGAAGAGUUGGCGAAUGGAGUUGUGUAUAUAUAAAUGAGAUUGAGGGAUAAUCGUGGGUUGAGUGCUUGCAUUGUGACACUAUGCGGCGCUCAUGGCCCCUUGUAUAUGUCUA